UUCUCACUGCUAGGCAUCAACGAGUUGAACCAGAAGGGGCUGUUCCAGGUCCUGGCUGCCAUCUUACAUCUGGGCAACGUGGAGAUCAAGGACCGAGACUCUGACAGCAGCAUCAUACCUCCCAAUAACCGCCACCUGACGGUGUUCUGUGAGCUGAUGGGCGUGACCUACCAGGACAUGUCUCAUUGGCUGUGCCACAAGAAGCUGAAGACAGCCCAGGAGACCUACAUCAAGCCCAUCCCUCGGCUGCAAGCCUCCAAUGCCCGCGACGCGCUCGCCAAACACAUCUACGCCAAAGUCUUCAACUGGAUCGUGGACCAUGUCAACAAAUCUCUGCGCGCCACCGUCAAACAGCACUCCUUCAUAGGAGUCCUGGAUAUCUAUGGGUUUGAGACGUUUGAGAUCAACAGUUUUGAACAGUUCUGUAUCAACUAUGCUAACGAGAAACUGCAACAGCAGUUUAACAUGCAUGUGUUCAAGCUGGAGCAGGAGGAGUAUUUGAAGGAGCAGAUUCCCUGGACUCUGAUAGACUUCUAUGAUAACCAGCCAUGUAUCAACCUCAUAGAGGCCAAGAUGGGGGUACUAGACCUGCUGGACGAAGAGUGCAAGAUGCCUAAAGGUUCAGAUGACUCGUGGGCCCAGAAGCUGUAUAACACCCAUCUGAAGACCUGCUCUCUGUUUGAGAAACCUCGCAUGUCCAACAAAGCCUUCAUCAUACAGCACUUCGCUGACAAGGUGCAGUACCAGUGUGAUGGCUUUCUGGAGAAGAACAAGGACACAGUGAAUGAAGAGCAGAUCAAUGUCCUGAAGGCCAGCAAGUUGGACCUGCUAGUGGAGCUGUUUCAGGAUGAGGAGAAAGUGACCAGUCCGACAGGGACCGCUCCAGGAGGUCGAACACGACUCAGUGUCAAACCAAAACAGAUCAGAUCUGCUGGAGCAAGCAGCAAGGAGCACAAGAAGACUGUUGGCUGCCAGUUCCGGAACUCUCUGGCUAUGUUGAUGGAGACUCUGAAUGCGACCACUCCUCACUAUGUUCGCUGCAUCAAGCCCAACGACCUCAAGUUCCCCUUCACGUUUGACCCUAAGCGAGCGGUGCAGCAGCUCAGAGCCUGUGGUGUUCUGGAAACCAUCCGCAUCUCAGCCGCAGGCUUCCCAUCCAGGUGGACCUACCAGGAGUUCUUCAGUCGUUACCGGGUUCUGAUGAAGCAGAAGGACGUCCUGUCGGACAGGAGGCUGACCUGUAGGAAUGUCCUGGAGAAACUGGUGCAGGACCAGGACAAGUACCAGUUUGGUAAGACGAAGAUCUUCUUCAGGGCUGGUCAGGUUGCCUACCUGGAGAAGCUGAGAGCUGAUAAGCUGAGGAAGGCGUGCGUCCGCAUCCAGAAGACCAUCCGCUGCUGGCUGGUACGCAAGAAGUACCUCCGCAAGAAGCAUGCUGCCAUCACCAUCCAGAGAUACACCCGCGGACACCAGGCCCGCUGUCUGGUCAAGUACAUGCGUCAGACCCUGGCAGCCAUCACUAUCCAGAAGUUCCAGAGGAUGUGUGUUCAGAGGAAACUGUACCUACAGAAGCAGGCUGCUGCCCUGGUCAUGCAGACUAUCCUCAGAGCAUACAUGGCCCGACAGAAAUACCAAGGGUUGCUGCGUAACCACAAAGCUGUGUUCAUCCAGAAACACGUGCGUGGCUGGCUGGCCAGACAGCGGUACAAGCGAUCCCUGCGAGCCAUCGUCUAUCUGCAGUGCUGCAUCAGGAGGAUGAAGGCCAAGAAAGAGCUGAAGAAGCUGAAAAUCGAGGCCCGCUCCGUUGAACAUUUCAAGAAACUUAACGUUGGCAUGGAGAAUAAGAUCAUGCAGCUGCAGAGGAGGUUAGAUGAACAGGCUAAAGACAACCGUGUGACUAGCGAGCGGCUGAGCUGUCUGGAGACGUCCCACGCGGUGGAGAGUGACAAGCUGAAGGUAGAGGUGUCUAAGCUGAAGGGGAUAGAAGAGGAAGCCAAGAACAACGCCAACCGUGUCACUUCCCUUCUGGAGGAGCUGGAGAGGCUGAGGAAGGAGCUGACCACCACCCAGAAAGAGAAGAAGACCAUAGAGGACUGGGCUACCAAGUACAGGGAUGAGAUGGAAAAGAUGGUAGCAGAGCUGAAGCAGCAGAAUGGUCUGCUGAAGACCGAGAAAGACGACCUGAACCGAAUGAUCAAGGAACAGAGCCAGCAGAUGACAGAGAAAAUGACUCGUGCAUUAGCGGAGGAGACUCAGCAGUUGGAGAGCGAUCUGAACGAGGAGAGGUCUCGCUACCAGAACCUCCUUACAGAACACCUGAGACUGGAGGAACGCUACGACGACCUCAAGGAAGAAAUCACUCUCUCUGUGAGCGUGCCCAAGCCCGGCCACAGGAGAACAGACUCCACCCACAGCAGCAACGGAUCAGAGUGCACCUACAACUCCGAGUUCGCCGAAUCAGAAGAAAGUUCCCGACAUGGAGAAGAUGUGACCCGGGGCAUGGACACGUCUCUGACUCUGAAGCUGCAGAAGCGCGUGACCGAGCUGGAGCAGGAGAAAUCCUCUCUCCGCAACGAGCUAGAAAACAAGGAGGAGCAGUUCCAGCGGGCUAGAGUCAGGGAUGAUGAGGAGCAUAAGAAAUCACGUGGAGCAGAACUGGAGUACGAGUCUCUCAAGCGCCAGGAGCUGGAUUCCGAGAACAAGAAGUUGAAGCACGACCUGACCGCAAUGAGGCAGAGCCUGCUGGGUAAUGCAGGCGCUGGGGCGGGGGCACCAGGAAGUCCACCCUACAAAGUUCUCAUGGACCAACUGAACUCCUCGUGCGAGGAGCUGGAGGUGCGGAAAGAGGAGGUGCUGAUUCUACGAUCUCAACUGGUCUCACAGAAGGAGGCCAUGCAGCACAAGGAGACAAUGACAGAGCCAGUGCACUAUGCAGAGGAUGUCCAUAAGAUGAAGGACUCUGGUGCAAUCACUCAGGCUUAUCUAGGACUCAAAGAGACCAACAGAUCUCCCAGGUUCUUGCAUAAACCACUAGAAGCCAAUGAGCUCCUAAAUCGGCUCAGAUCCCCCACUGCUGACUUCCAUAGGCUGAAUGAGGACGGAGAGCUGUGGCUGGUAUAUGAAGGGUUAAAGGAGACCAACAGACUGUUGGAGGGCCAGAUGCAGCAGCAGCGGCGUAGCUAUGACAACGAGGUAGAGGUGUUGCGAGGGGAGUUACAGAGUGUUAAAGAGGAGAAUAACCGUCAACAACAGCUGCUGGCCCAGAACCUGCAGCUCCCACCAGAGGCACGCAUAGAGGCUAGUCUACAGCAUGAGAUCACACGACUCACCAAUGAAAACCUGAUGCUGAGGACCGAGGAUCCAACAGCAUAUCGCAGCGCCAAAGUCAACAUAUUACGACGGAUGGUUGACCUCAUGGAACAGCUGGAGAAGCAGGAUAAAACUAUCCGUAAGCUUAAGAAACAGCUGAAGGUGUUCUCGAAGAAGAUUGGAGAAAUGGGAGCUGGCCAUGUUGAGACUAUAUCUCCGGGUCAGAUGGUUGAAGAGACGGUCCGUCCGGUGAACAUUCCUCGUCGCGAGAAAGACUUCCAGGGAAUGUUGGAGUACAAGAAGGAGGAUGAGCUGAAACUGGUUAAGAACCUCAUACUGGAGUUGAAGCCUCGUGGUGUAGCGGUAAAUCUGAUCCCAGGCCUGCCAGCCUACAUCCUCUUCAUGUGUCUGAGGCAUGCUGACUAUGUCAACGAUGACCAGAAGGUCAGGACGCUGCUCACAUCCACCAUCAACAGCAUCAAGAAGAUACUCAAGAAACGGGGGGAUGACUUUGAGACGGUCUCCUUCUGGCUGUCCAACACCUGCCGCUUCCUACACUGUCUCAAACAGUACAGCGGUGAUGAGUCGUUUAUGAAGCACAACACUCCUAAGCAGAAUGAUCACUGCCUGUCUAACUUUGACCUGGCUGAGUACCGUCAGGUCCUCAGUGACCUGGCCAUUCAGAUCUACCAGCAGCUCAUCAAAUGCAUGGAGAACAUCCUACAGCCCAUGAUUGUCUCUGGUAUGUUGGAGCAUGAGACCAUCCAGGGUGUGUCGGGGGUUAAGCCGACCGGUCUGCGUAAACGGACAUCGAGCAUCGCUGACGAGGGAACCUACACGCUGGAAUCCAUCUUACGUCAGCUCAGCGCUUUCCACUCCACCAUGUGUCAGCACGGCACCGACCCUGAACUCAUCAAACAGGUUGUGAAGCAGCAGUUCUACAUCAUUGGAGCUGUGACUCUCAACAAUCUGCUGCUGCGUAAAGACAUGUGCUCCUGGAGCAAAGGCAUGCAGAUCAGGUAUAACGUGAGUCAGCUGGAGGAGUGGCUGCGUGACAAGUCUCUGAUGCUGUGUGGAGCCAAGGAGACUCUGGAGCCUCUGAUUCAGGCUGCUCAGCUGCUGCAAGUCAAGAAGAAGACGGACGAAGACGCCGAGGCCAUCUGCUCCAUGUGCAACAGCCUGUCCACAUCUCAGAUUGUAAAGGUGUUGAACCUGUACACUCCAGUCAACGAGUUUGAAGAGAGGGUGUCUGUUACCUUCAUACGAACCAUACAGACUCGUUUGCGGGACCGCUGUGAGACUCCUCAGCUGUUGAUGGACACUAAGAUCAUCUACCCAGUCACCUUCCCUUUCAACCCCUCCUCUCUGGCCCUGGAGACUAUCCAAAUACCAGGCUCCCUCAACCUAGCCUUCCUUACCCGCGUCUAACACAUACACGACUAAUAGAUAGGCUAUACAUAGGCAUGCAAUCACAUGCAUACACAAACCAUUCUCUUCCUAACACAUCCAAACACUUACAUACAGUACACACACACACAUACACACGCUCAGCUUCCACCCUACGGUAGUCUUUAUGUCAGUAGUUGAAAGCCCAUCCUCCUCCGCGUGUACAAAUGCUCAACUCUAAGAGAAUGCACCGCUACAGGCCACCUUUUCUCCUAUCUUACCCCCUUUUACUAAGCUACACUCCCCACCUACAACCCCAUUUAAGACCGAGUACCGUGUUCCCCCAGUCCUCUUUUCUCCUCUUUGUUCUCUUCUCAAUAGUGUAGUGUUUUCUAGCAGUCCGGUUCUCCCAUAGGAAUGUUUUACGGUACACUUAAGCUAGCUGUCCAGGGCUAGCAUCACAGCUAGCUAGCUCCUUCAGCUAAGCUCAGCUAGCAUCUGUUGUGUUAUGAUAGGAUGCUAGCGCUUCUACAGUUAUCUAGCUAGC